GAGCCAGAACGCCGUGGUCUCCGCGCCGGCCGGGUCCGCAGCUCGGGAUCGGGUGGCUGGGGCGGGGGGAGGGGGGCCCAGGCAGGUGGGGCGGCAAGCGAUGAGUCCUCGGCGCCUCCUCCGCCUCCCGCGGGCCCCGCUCUCUGCCUCCCGCUCCAACGCCCGGAUGAUCUGAGCCGCGAGGGCUCCGAGAGCCGGGGGCCCGGACCCAGCCCGGCUCCUCCCCCCUCCUUCGCCCGGGCCCGGCCGCCGCUGUGGGACCCCGUGCCCGGCCGCCGUCGCCGCCGCCUCCCCGGCCGACCAAGGGACCCGCCCGCCCGCGGCUGCUCCGGACCUAGAGGAUCAAGUCAUAAUGGGAGCAUUUUUAGACAAGCCAAAGAUGGAAAAGCAUAAUGCCCAGGGGCAGGGGAAUGGGUUGCGAUACGGCCUAAGCAGCAUGCAAGGUUGGCGAGUUGAAAUGGAGGAUGCGCAUACAGCUGUGAUCGGUUUGCCAAGUGGACUUGAGACAUGGUCAUUCUUUGCUGUAUAUGAUGGGCAUGCUGGUUCUCAGGUUGCCAAAUACUGCUGUGAGCAUUUGUUAGAUCACAUCACCAAUAACCAGGAUUUUAAAGGCUCUGCAGGAGCACCUUCUGUGGAAAAUGUAAAGAACGGGAUCAGAACAGGUUUUCUGGAGAUUGAUGAACACAUGAGAGUUAUGUCAGAGAAGAAACAUGGUGCAGAUAGAAGUGGGUCAACAGCUGUGGGGGUCUUAAUUUCCCCCCAACAUACCUACUUCAUUAACUGUGGAGACUCGAGAGGUUUGCUUUGUAGAAACAGGAAAGUUCAUUUCUUCACACAAGACCACAAACCAAGUAACCCGCUGGAAAAAGAACGAAUUCAGAAUGCAGGGGGCUCUGUGAUGAUUCAGCGUGUAAAUGGCUCUCUGGCUGUGUCAAGGGCCCUUGGGGAUUUCGAUUACAAAUGUGUCCAUGGAAAAGGUCCCACAGAGCAGCUCGUCUCACCAGAGCCGGAAGUCCAUGAUAUUGAAAGGUCUGAAGAGGACGAUCAGUUCAUUAUUCUUGCGUGUGAUGGUAUCUGGGAUGUCAUGGGAAACGAAGAGCUCUGUGACUUUGUGAGAUCCAGACUUGAAGUCACUGAUGACCUUGAGAAAGUUUGCAAUGAAGUAGUCGACACCUGUUUGUAUAAGGGAAGUCGAGACAACAUGAGUGUGAUUUUGAUCUGUUUUCCCAAUGCACCUAAAGUCUCAGCGGAAGCCGUGAAGAAGGAGGCAGAGCUGGACAAGUACCUGGAAUGCAGAGUAGAAGAAAUCAUAAAGAAGCAGGGGGAAGGCGUCCCAGACUUAGUCCACGUGAUGCGCACAUUAGCGAGCGAGAACAUCCCCAGCCUCCCACCCGGGGGUGAAUUGGCAAGCAAGCGGAAUGUAAUUGAAGCCGUUUACAAUAGACUGAAUCCUUACAAAAAUGAUGACACUGAUUCUGCAUCAACUGAUGACAUGUGGUAAAACGGAUCAUCUAGCCAUGGAUUCACCUUCGCCUCCAGGAGAGUGCAGCUCAACCUUGCCGAACCUGUUCACGUCCAUCAUCGACUUUAAGGAAGGGGUACGACAUGGGUGAGGGACUACACCAGAGAGCUUCAGCGGUGGAACAGCUAGCCCAGAACGGAUUUCUUUUUUUAAUUGUAAAUUUGAAACUUAUGUAAACGUGAUUUCAAACCGUAAUUCAUGUUGUAAAUCAGACUCCAGCAAUUUUUGUUGUAUGAUUUUGGUUUUUUGUAAAGUGUAAUUGUCCUUGUACAAAGUGCUCAUAUUUAAUUAUGAACUGCUUUAAAAUCACUAUCAAUGAUAAAGGAAAUGUUUGGCUUGUUGUGUGACACAACAGAUGUAGUCAUGCUGUGUUUGGACUUGGGGUUGGGAUAGGGGAAGCAGCAGCCACAUAGCUAGAUGCUCAUGUGCACAUGAUUAUGAAGAAUUCCAAAAUCUACAAAGCUGAACAUCCAGGGAGUUAUGGAAAACUGUCUUUGUGUUCUGGCGAGGGCCUGGCUUGUUAACGCAGCCAUUCCUUCUUACCUGUCUCUAGGAUGUCCUCUCCUUGCAGCCCAGAGUAUUGCAGGUGAUACCAUAUAUUCAUGAGAGUAUCAAUUUUGGGCUAAAAUGCCUUGAUUCUUUGCACCUCUUUAUGAGCCCUUACAUUCAGUUACUAACUGGUAAGCAGCAGCUUCCUACACAGUAGGAGACUGCCAUUUUUUUUCCUAUCAUGAUUGGCUGGGCCUGCUGCUGUUCCUAGUAAGAUAUUCUGAAUUCCAUUUUAUCAAUAAAGCUUGGUUUAACAAACAAGAAAUUUAAUCAUGUACGUGUAGUUCCUCUUACCCCGGCUUUCAAAACCCCGUGCUAUUGUAAAUGGACCAUUCCUCCUAGGGAAAGGUGUUAGUCUCCUUAAAUUGGAUGAUGGUGUUACACCAGGUGCAGAUGGAUCGAAAGAUCGGAGUCUGUGUUGUCCUCACUUGUUUUUAAAAUGAGUUUCUUUCAGGCUGCUUACUUCUCAGUAAGAUGUGCAUCGGCUUGAAUUUACCUACUGUUAAAAGAAUUGUCAAAGUUUGGCAGUCCUAACACUAUGAUAGAUGUGUGUGUGUUGAAUGUGUGUUUGCCUGUACCUUUUAAUUGACCCACGUCUUUAGAAUCUAAGAGGUUAAGAUGUAUUUGUGAUUUGAAAUAUAGCAUGUUGAUAAUAUUUAGCUGUUGGCCUUUAAAAAUAAAUUUCAAAGCUUAAGGAAUUGUAGAUAUAAAACACCUAAUUUAAUUUAGGCUUAAACCCCUGAUGAAGCAUGUAAGAGUAAGUUUAAUAGUCUGUCACAUUAUAAAGACCGCUGUUGUGUACCCGUCUGUGUUUUUGUCUCUUUAGGUUGAGUGCUGUAUUUAUCAACAUGCCCUUGACUGGGCUAGCAGUCAGGUUCCCCACUAGGAAACAAUUCCAAUACGUUAAAUACAAAGUGACAGCUUUGUGUACAACAGUUAGUAUAUAAUACAUUCUGUUCUAUUUGUUUUUUCCAAACGUGGAAUUAGACAUGUUUGUGUAUACAGCCUUAAAGCCACUGUAACGCUAAGGGCAUAGUAGGAAAGCACUGUGAGUGUCUGAAGACUUCAGUACCUACAAUACCAGCGGACUUUUGAUUAUCCCUCUUGUGAGGUGACUAAAUGUAACCUAAUUGUAUUUAAUCUAUAUCUUAGUCCAGCAUGAAUGAAGAAAAGCUGAAAUACUAAUUAUAUUUACAAAUUCAUAACAGCUGCAAUUACAGAACCAGUUCCAAACUUAACAAUAAAUGCUUAAUGUCUAAAUCUGUGGGAGAGUUGGAAGUAUGGUGAUGUUCUGAGUGGUGGCUUACAGAGAUGUGCAUGCGCAUGUCAUGAAAACCAGUACUGUUAGCACAAACUGGGUGGCUGACAGCUGAGGCUGAGAUCCUGACAGGCGACCUAGGUCCUUUAUUUUUAGAUGUAACCUGGAAGCCUUUACUUUGGGAAAAUUCAAAAUCCCCGAGCUGGUUUGUGUAUGGUCGCUGUUGAAAUUAAAACUUACAUGGUGGAAAGCUGUAUGUCAAAUGACAGCCGCUUAGUUAGGUAACCCUUGCUUGAGAUUGUCUCAACAGAAAGGAAAUUGAGAUGCUCGUCUGUUGAGGUUGUUAGUUCUGAAGGAUGGAGUAAGAAGUGCUGGGGUCUAAGAAGACUGAAUCUGUCCACAUGCUGCAGCACUAUACUUAGGUAUCAUUUUGCAUUGUAACCACAGGAAGGAGGUUAUGCCUACUUCCUGGGCAAAUGGCAGUGGUGGAAGCCAGCAGCUCUGUUUUGGAGGGGGGUGUUCAUACCUGCAUGAUACACUUCAUUCUUGAUCUCUGUCCACUUUCCUGCUAAUUAACAUCUCAGGACAUUUGCCUCAAAAAAAAAUCUGGAUGUGUUGUUUUGCUUUUACGUGGAGGGAAAGUUCUUGUGUGAUAGUAACAUAACAUGCAGAGUAUACUUUCAUGUCAGUUGGAAAAUUCAGUUCUGCAUAGCAAGCUUUUCAUAACUUACAAAGUUUUGAGUAAGCCAGCACAGGCCUUUAAUCCCAACACUUGGGAGACAAAGGUGUGAUCUACAGAAGGAGUUCCAGGACAGAGAGACUACACAGAGAAACCCUGUCUCAAUGUAUGCACCCCCCCAACAUGUUUUUUGUCUCUCUUACUGUUUUAACACAGUAAGCCAGGCAUGGUGGUGCACACCUCUAAUGCCAGCCCUCUGGAGGCUGUGGCAGCUGGAUCUCUGAAUGUGGUCUCCAUAGUUCCAGGACAGCUAGGGCUACACAGUGAGACCCUGUCCCAUCUGAUUUUCACUUUCUUGUGGAAUAUCCUUGGACUGAUUUUAAAAAGCAUUUCAUGAUCAAAAUAAACUGUAAAAACCAAAGUGGUUACUGUCUUGACUUCAGAACUUCUCAAAUAGCUUCAGUCACUGUGCAUUUAUUUGACUCUAGGUAGUUAACAGCUGUUCCAGCUGCUUAACUUUAUACAACAUAGUAUUAGGAACUCGGGGUGGAAAAGCCAGGUGUGGGGGCUCCCACCUGUGGUCUUAGCACUUGGGAGGCUGAAGCAGGAGAAUCAUGGCUUUAAGACUAAACUGGGCUACAAAUUGACACCCUAUCUGGAAAAAAAAUUCUUUUAAAGAAAUUCUUUAUAAAGAAUUUUGAGUUAUGUGAUACAAAUAAUUUAAAUUACAAUACUGCCUACAGUGACCGUGUAUUUGGGAACAUUAAACCAACUAAGCUCAGCUUUUCCACAAAGUAUUAAGUGUUACCAAAAUACUGUUCUAGGUUAAGCCCCUGGGGACUGUAAAGAAAUGAAGUAGGUUCUCAGAGAGGGAGUUCACAUUUGGGCAGAAUUUAGAAGCGGUGUAUGUAUUAUAAGUGGAUCAUUCAUAUAAAUGAAGAAAAAUGUAUUGCCCACCCCCUUUUUACCUAGUACUUUCUUCAACAAAGUAGGUUGCCACCUGGAAAAAUUAGUUGAUAUUUCUUUAUUCCCUCAAAUUGUUUCCCCCCCCAAAAGUUGAAAUCAUUCAGUAGGAGAUCAUGUUCAGCAUAAGAAUAAAUUGGACUGCUGAAGGGUAUCUAACAUCUAUACAGAGUACGUGGUUAUCUAUAAGAAAUGGCCUUGACUUUCCCUACUGAUGACAGCAAGUGACAAGCAAGUAAUGCAUGUCCUAGAGUUCUCCAACCCCCCAGCUACAGGUGGUAUCUAAGGUUAGGGCCUCCUGUAGAUUCUCCCUUACCUAAAACUUUGGUCUUCAUGUUACAGCACCGGUGUUCAUGUGAAAUUGUUGAACUGUCUAAUGUGUGUUAGUGAUUCAGAGUAGCCGCACUUACACCUGUCCUUACUGUACAAAUUAAACGGGGAAUUUAAUGUGGAUUCCCAAAAGACUGAUGAAUUGGUUUUGUUUCCAUUUUUAAUUUCUUGUUAUAUACUUCUAGUUCAAACUUUGCUAAUUUUACAGUAUAGAAUUUGGUAUCCGAAAAGAUGUAAAUAUUUUAGCAUGUAAAUAUUUCUCAUGUGAGGUUUUUGUUUGGAGGGACCUUCAAGGAUGUUAUAUACUCACAUAUUCUGGUGAUGAGAUGACCAUUUUAAAUUUACUAAUCUUCUAAUUAGAUUUUCGUUCAGGCAUUUGAAAAUAUUUAAUUUUAGAAGCUUGACUUUACUUUAUAUCCUACAAUAAUGUACUGUGUGUUUUGGUUUGCAGUUGUUUUAAAUUAUCUAUUAUUUCAGUAUAUGCUUGAAAUAUUUAAGAACAUGUUUUUCUAAAUGUGUAAUACUGUGUCACAUUGGUCAGUAACUCAGAGAAACGUCAUUGCUGGUAGAGUGCAGUGUGACCAAUGUUGGCUUUGCUGUAUUGUCAAAUGAGCAUCUUCCAUUUAGGGUCAACUCAACACAAAUCCUUGCCUUCUUUAUCUAGUAUUCAGCUACUGGCUUCUGCUUUCUUCCUAUCCAUUUAAACAGCAUGGUGAAGUGUCAGAAAAACUCAGAUGGCCAGGCAUGUUAAUGCACAGCUUUAAUCCCAACACUCGGGAGGCAGAGGCAGGCGGAUCCCUUGAGUUCAAGGCCAGCCUGGUCUACAGAACAAGUUCCAGCGCAGUCAGGGCUACAUAGAGAAACCCUGUCCCAACUUCCGCACCUCCACUGCCACCCCCAAAAGAGAAAAGCUCAAAUGGUAUUCAAAUUGCAGUUGUUUUUACAAGACAGGAAAGUUAAAUUGGAAUAACCAUAAAAACUUUUUCUUCCUUAUUCUAAACGAAAUAUCCCCCCACCUGCUUCCAUUUCCCCUCCUCAAUUGGUGCCAACACACACACACACACACACACACACACACCUUAAACAGAAAGGCCAACUCUGUCCUCGUGAACAAGAAAAGCCAUGUAUUACCUCAUCAAGGCCAAUUAAUACUUUAUUAUACUGGGUUGAAAGCGAGAAAACUCAGGAUGUGGAAUAGUGGGGGAGGGCACUAUGAUUGCUUUGGAACUGGCUGUCAUUGUUCCGGAGCUGAGUGUCACAGAAGUCAGCCAGAGAUAACUGAGUUUGCUUUUCUGAUCUACUGAUCCAACACAAGCAACUGAGACAAGCUCAGUGUUCAUUCACCCAAGCCCACUCCUUUGCUCUUCGUUGCUCCAGUCCCAGGUUCUACUGGCUGCCUUCUCACCAAACAGUGUUUAGGAUAAUUGUUCAUUUUAUGUGGUCCUGACUAAUGAAAGACUGCUGAGUAAUAUUUGUGUCUGUGUGGUCCUGUCUGAAGUGAGCUAGUUUGUGUAGAGCUUGGGUAGCUGUAGAACAAAAUUAGAUCUUGAUUGCAUACAUUGAAUAGCACAGGUUUGUUCUUGAAGGGUUUCUUAAACUUUUGGGAAUCACAACCCUUUGACUCUGAGGGACUGACUGCACCUGGGAAAAUACAUAAUAUAUAUAUAUAUAUCCCCAAGACUGUCUCGUUGGCCUGGUCUAAACCCUCUGUUAUAACGUAAGACACCAUCUUCUCCAGUAGAACCCCAAAUACUCAAACAGCAUAAAAAAAUCUAUCAGAAGGAAUUGUUUAUUUUACUUUGCAAAGAGUAAGGUGGCAGUGGGCACCCGGCUGGAAUCUGUUAUGAGGGUUUUUUGCUUUUGUUUUUGGCUUGUUUGUUUGUUUUCUGAGGUCCUUGGUUGUGGGAACCUAUUUGUAAAGGCGGAAGAAUGGUGAUUAGGCCAGUUUGGGAGGUUGAUUAAGAUUUGCAACUCCUGAAACGCAGCAACAAAAAGUGAAGUGGAAAUGGACUGUUUCUGGCAUGUUCUGCCCCUCCAAAGUGGAGGUUAACAGUAUGUUAGCAACACAUUAGCUGUCAGGUUUCACUCAGGUUUGAAGAUUUUCAUUAAAUACUAACUUAAUUUCAGAUUCUAAGGAAUUAAGUACUUCAUAAAGAAUGUUUAAAAUAAGGUCUGACGUAGCUGUGUAGAAGAUUAAUGGUAUUGCUACAAAAGAUAACAUAAUUACAUUUAAAAAUGGUGUUCAAUUUGCUGCCAAAAUUUCAUGUUCAGUUCUAGCUUGACUCAUUAUUGUAGAAGUAGAAACAGAAUUAUUUUACCUAGCUAGCCCUGAACUAACACCGUAGCAUAUCUGCAGAAAAAAUACUGUGUAGCAUUGAUGCCCAGCACCAAAUUAGUUUUACAAAUGUAAUUAUUGCACUUCAUUUAUAAGUGUUUCAAGUGGGGAGACAUGUACAUGUUAAAAGCAUGUUGCAUUAUACAUAAAUUCAAUUUUUUAAACCUAUCGAUGUAAGAACUGCAGGAAUAUUUUUCUUAAACAUAAUAUGUAACAGAAUUCUCCACUUUGCAGUUUAUGUGACCCACAGUUUUAAAGAAAUUCCAUAAAUGUAUAUUUUGUAUUAUGUACCAUUUCCUGGUCCAAAGAAAAUAUGUGAAUUUAGUUCUAAUUUUAAGAAUGUACUUUUGUUUUCUAGUUCUUUGAAAAACUGCAUUCAGCCUGUGAAUGGUUACAGAUUGUAUGUGAGAUGGAAAGUAGAAAUUUCUAGUUUGCAAAAAUCGGUGCCACUGAAUAAAACAGGCAAUUGCA